UUAACAUUGGUGUCAGGCAAACUCUGAAGAGCAUCUGUUGUGUUAUCGUCUGCUGAAAGUGGAGCAAAAUGAAAUACACGAGUACACGGGGUGAAUUGACCGACGUGAGCUUUGAGGAGGUCAUCUUCUCUGGCUAUGCCCCAGAUGGUGGCCUUUUCAUGCCUGAAGAAAUCCCAAGCCUUACCUUGGCCACACUGAGGACGUGGAGCACUUACAGUUACCCACAGCUGGUCGAGGAGAUUUGCUCACUCUUCAUUUCCAGAGAAGACUUGCCAAGGGAAGAUUUAAGCGACCUGAUCAGCCAGGCCUUCCAGAGAUUUCAACACAAGGACAUUGUGGAAUUAGCCAGACUGAAAAACGGGCUGAACGUUCUGGAGCUAUGGCACGGUGUUACCUAUGCCUUUAAGGACCUCGCAAUGUCUUGCGUUGGACAGCUGCUCCAGUAUUUCCUGAGGAAGAGGAAGAAACGCAUCACCAUUGUAGUAGGAACAGCAGGAGACACUGGCAGCUCUGCCAUUGAGAGUAUCCGGGGCAUGGACAACAUGAACAUCAUCGUGUUGCUGCCACAUGGUCGCUGUAGUCCAAUUCAAGAGUUGCAGAUGACGACCGUUAUUGAAGAUAAUGUCCAUGUGUUUGCAGCUGAUGGCACAAGUGAUGAGCUGGACGAGCCAAUCCGGAAUGUGUUUACUGACACUGAGUUUGUGAAGAGACACAACAUAAUGAGCUUAAACUCCAUCAAUUGGGCCCGCGUCAUGGUGCAGAUCGCACACUAUUUCUAUGCAUACUUUCACUGUAGCUCUUCAACGAAGGAGACUCCACUUCCUUUGGUAGAGAUUGUUGUACCAACAGGAGCAGCAGGCAACAUCACAGCUGGAUACAUUGCUCAGAUGAUGGGUCUCCCAAUUCGAUUAGUCGCUGUUGUCAACGAAAAUGAUAUAAUUCACAGAACCAUUCAGAAUGGUGACUUCUCAUUGGCCGAUUCAAUUAAGCCUUCCUUGGCACCGUCCAUUGACAUCCAGGAACCAUACAACAUGGAGAGAAUAUUCUGGCUGUUGUCGGAAAAGGAUAGCACCUUGAUAAAAAUGAUAAUGGGAGAAUUCCAGAAACUGGGCAAAGCCAGUGUGCCAGAAGUCUUGUCCACAAAGCUGUCGCAAGCUUUCAGUUCAUUCACUGUGAAUGAUGAGAAUGUGAUUGAAACGAUGCUCCGCUGUUGGAAUGAGAAUCAGUAUCUGCUGUGUCCUCACUCUGCUGUCGCUGUCACCUACCAUUAUCUGCAAUCAGAACUGGGCACAAACAGCACCCCUAGAUGUUGCCUAGCGACCGCUGCUGCUGCUAAGUUUCCAGAGGCUGUACUGAAGGCUGGACUAACUCCAGAAAUUCCACCUGAGAUCCGUGCUUUGGAGACCAUGGAAACACGCUGUAUGGCCAUGAAGAGAGGAGAAGACUGGGAAAAGAUUCUCUACCAUAAAAUCGAGGAAAUUAAUGCACGCAGAGGAACAUGAAUGUCUUCCCAGAAUCAAACAUAUAAAUAGCCUUGGUUUCACCACA